GACCGUUUACCUGUGGAAGAUCAGAGAGCUGCUUUGCUGAUGCAUGAAGCGUCGCCGGCAUGAAGCGGCAGUUUGUUCUGCUCUUCAGCUGAGCAACAUCAAACGAAGAGGAUCUUUACUCUGCUUCAGACUUCUUCCAAACUACGUCUCGGGGGAGUUUUGUCUGGAUGGAUCAGUUCGGGUUGGAGGAUGGUGAGGAAGAUGAGAUGCUUCAGUACAUAAUUGAACAGAGUCUGCUGGAGAGCAGCAGGAAGAGGGAAACGGUCAGAGCGUCCCCAACAGGAGACAAGAUGGGCAAUGAUUUAGCCUCCUCAGACAUCUCCAAGAUCUUCUCCGCGAUUAAACAAGGUAAUGAGAGGCUUCUGAGGGAUCUGUGCGUCAAGCUUAAGGACAAGUUUAUGCAGACUGACAGCAGAGGAUGGACUCCGCUCCAUGAAGCAGCAGUUCAGAGCAACGAGAUCAUCCUGGAGCUCACGCACAAAGCUGCAGGUCCAAACUCUCUGGAUUGUCGGACUCUUCGGGGCCAGACGCCCCUCUACCUGGCAGUAGAACAGGGUCUGAUUGAAAACGCCUCAUUCCUCAUGGAACACGGAGCGCAGCCGGACUGCCAGGACCAAGACAAGGACGCCCCGCUGUUUGUAGCCAUCCGCUCAGGCCGGGCCGACCUGGUGAAGCUGCUGCUCCUCCGCGGCUCCAGUGUGCACCAGGCGGGCUGCCACGGUCGCCGCCCCCUCCACGAGGCGGCGCGGGUGGGCAACGUGGAGCUGGUGAAACUUCUGCUGGAGGCCGGGGCACGGCCGGACCCACGCAGCAACUACGGCUUCACGCCGCUGGCCCUGGCUGCUCAGGGAGGACACCUGGAGGUGGCAGAGAUCCUCCUGAGGAAAGGUGAGGCCUUGCUGGAUGAUGGUUAUGACCCCAACUUCAUGCUCCACCCUUGGAUCCGCAGGAAUUAUGAUGACGAGAGGAAGUCGGCUCUCUUCUUUGCUGUUUCCAAUAAUGACAUGGCGUCGGCGAAGCUGCUGCUGGAGGCAGGCGCCAUGCCCAACCAAGACCCUGUUAAAUGUCUGCAGGUUGCACUGCGACUAGGCAACUACGAUCUGAUCAACUUGUUGCUGCGGUACGGAGCCAAUGUGAACUACUACAGCCGAAUCAACGCCACGCAUUUCCCCUCGGCGCUGCAAUCCGCUUUCAAAGACGAGGUUAUUCUCAGGAUGCUGUGUCACUAUGGUUACGACGUAGAACGCUGCUUCGAUUGUCCCUACGGCAACAGCGCCCACAUUCCUGAUGAUGAUUUUCACAUUAAGAGUAAUGUUUCUCUGUCAGUGCAGUUCUGUGAGGUCAUCACCGUCAACUGGCUGAAACACCUGUCCGGCAGCGUGGUUCGUGUGCUGAUGGAUUACGUCGACCACGUGACCUUUUGCUCCAAACUGAAGGUGGUUCUGAUGGAGCAGAAGCAGUGGUCUGAUAUCUGCAGACUACAAGAAAACACGCGGUGCCUGCAGCAUCUCUGUCGCCUGAGGAUCCGUCGAUGCCUGGGCCGUCUCCGCCUCCGAUCGCCCACCUUCAUGAGCUUUUUGCCUCUGCCGGAGCGACUGAAGGACUUCAUCCUCUACAGGGAAUACGACCUGCUGCCCAAACAGAGAAGCAGCUAUUAAUGAAAAAGAGUGUUUCAGUAGCUCUAUGAAACAUGCCUGAAAGAGAGAAAAAUUUUGAAGUCAUGUGGUGUGAUUUUGAUCUUUGAAGCCUACUAACACAAAGUGCUGCAAAAACUUAAAAUCUAAAUAAGUAUUUUUUCUUAAAAUACGUGCAUUUUGUCUUGAAUUGAGGAGGUAAGUGAGACACUUUGCCAAUAGAACAUGAUUUCCAUUUAAAAUAAAAGUAACAGCAUGGUCUUAUUACAAGUGCAUAUUAUCUAAUUAUUUUAUUUUAAGAGUAAAAAUACUCAUUCUGUUGGUGAAUCAUCCUAUUAACCUAAUAAAAUUGAGAGUAAAUACUAUUGAUUUAGUAAAUUUGUACUUAUUUCUAGAUAUUUUUUGCAGUGCAGUUCUGCAGGGGUGCAUGAGCUACAAAUACAAAUCUGAAUAGUGUGGCAUGCAUUUACC